GUUAUGCCUACAGUGGACGCUAGGUACGUACAAGGUUUGUGGAGAGCCUGCUGAUGCAACAGACCACCUCUUGCCCAUCCCAACACAUGUCAGAGCCUCGCGAAUCGCUUCGAAAGUUGCCAAGCCAUCUGUGUUCAUCUUCUUGAAGCCUGCCUUGAUAAUACGAUACGCAUUUUCAAACAAGCAUUUCCCGUAGCUUACGCGUCGAUUUAUGCCUCGAAGCCAACCAAUCUGCCUAUGGUUUGAAAUUGCAGCUUAUCCGCCGAAUGGUCGCGUCUCACUCUAGGUUCAGACGCGAACGUGUAUGGUUCAAUGCGCAUACCGACGAAAUCUGAUGCCUUCGUACCACAAACCACACCGAUUGCUCUCAUAUACCUGACGCACCGAGGCUACCAUACGUUAUAUCACCUUCCAGCAUUGAUUGUAUAUGACAUGCGACCGUCAUCGUAGAUGACGCAAAGCCGGCCGGCGCAAGCUCUUGGAGGGUAGUGGGACUGCCCUAUUUGCAGUCUUCAACAUACUACUGCACAACCCUAGUCCACCGCCUUAAAAUACUUUACAUAUCUGGCAGAGACUAGCAGAUCAAGACCAUGGCAAAUGCACAACUUAUGGAGGAAGAACUGCAGCAGAGUGUGGUUCUCUCUGAAGAAGAUGCCGAGUUUGAAGAAGAUGAUGCUAUUGAGGACGUUCCAAUGACAGACGGCAGUAUCUCCCUGAAUCCCGGUUUAGAUGCUUCUUCAAAAGUGCCUCGGGAAGACCCUAACGAGGAGGAAGAAGGGGACGUAGAAGAAAACGACGAUGCCAACAUGACAACACAGGAUGGCCUCGAUCCCCAAACAAGCCGGGAAGAAGUACAUGCAAACAAUGAUGAAGAUGACGAGUCAGAGAGUGGUGAGGAAGACCUGCAUGACGAAGAUGGCGCGUUUGAUAUUGAUGCCGAAGGUGAAGAAGAUGAGGAAGACGAUGAGGUCAACUUCGAGCCAAAGAAGUAUGGAGGCGACGACGGGGACCUUAGCGUAGAAGACGAGGAACAAAUCGAGGAUGACGGAGAGGACGAGGAGGAGGAAGACGAAGCCGAAGGAGUUGGCGCUGUGAAGAUAAAGCCAGGUGAAACUGACGAAGAAGAGAGCGAAAGCGAGCCAUCCGAUGGCUCUGAUUCGGCAUUCAGCGAUAGGGAGUCUGGAGCAGAUUCUGACGAUGCCAUUGAAAACGACGAGGAUGAGGAUGAAUCAGACGAAGAGUUCGACACCAUUGAUCCCCCUCUUCCUAAUCACGAAGAUUCUGAGUCCGAGUCCGAGACCGAAGUAGGCACUGCCAAGGAGCAUAUUGACACCGAAGGUGACGUAGCAAUGGACGAUAAUGAGGAAAACGAAGGGGAUAUUUCUCCUUCGUCUGCAAGAAGAGCAUCAGCACCUCAGAUCGCUCGUGACCUGCUACCUCCCCAACGGGGGUUAAACAAGCCAGACUCACAUUCAAUGUUCAACCAAUUAGUACUUGAUGAAGACCCGAUGGAUGGCUCUAGAGUGCUACGUAAGAGAAAAACAUCUUCUGCAGAAGCGGAGGAGGAUGUCAUGUCUCUGCGGAAACGGCGAAGAAACACACCUGAUGAAUCUGCCUAUGGCGAAGUGGCGAACGAACCAACCAAUAACGGAGAAACUUCAACUCGCCCACGGCCGGCACGUUCACUUAGGCUCAAAGUUCCAAAUCCAGCUUCACCAUGUUCAAUCAUUAAAAAGACACGCUUGAGCCUCGUCCUCAAGAUGCGAGUGAAUGCCAUCGAACUUGGUCAGAUACUCUCACGGAAAUCAAAAUCAUCCAAAAAACGUUCGGGCACUCGUACAGCGACCUCGCAAUCAUCGCGAACAGCAACAUCUCGAAACAAUGCUGUUGCUGCUCCAGUUACUGAGGUCCCAAUCGUGACACCCUUUUUCAAUUCUACUUUUUCGCAGCCAUUCUAUUCAUUCUAUGACAAAGAAACGGAUGAGCUUAAAGGAAAGCCAUAUGGCGGCAUUCUAACAGAGGAGCAAGCGGAUACGACGAAAACCCUACCUACUAAAGAUGAUAGACGGCGAUUUGACGAGGCUAAGCAAAAAGCUGAAGAAGAAUGGAGAAACCGUCUCCUUGCCAUGCAAGCCGAAACAGAAAUGCCCGCAAAGAAAUCAAAGAAGGCAUCCGGGCCUGUAAGCCAGAUCGAGUGCAUCGAAUUCGGUGGCUGGGAGAUCGACACCUGGUAUGCUGCACCUUAUCCCGAAGAAUAUAGCCGCAAUCGCGUACUGUAUAUCUGUGAAUUUUGCUUAAAGUAUCUGAAUUCCGACUAUGUUGCGUGGCGACAUAAGUUGAAAUGUCCCGCCAAGCACCCCCCUGGCGAUGAAAUCUACAGACAUGGCUCUAUCUCUUUCUUCGAAGUGGACGGCCGAAAGAAUCCGGUCUAUUGCCAAAAUCUAUGCCUACUCGCCAAGCUUUUCCUAGGCUCCAAAACGCUCUAUUACGACGUUGAGCCAUUCCUAUUUUACGUCUUAUGCGAGUAUGAUGAUCUUGGCUAUCAUUUCGUUGGAUAUUUUUCCAAAGAGAAACGGGCCAGCAGUCAAAACAACGUUAGUUGUAUAUUAACGCUACCUAUUCACCAACGAAAGGGGUACGGUCACUUACUUAUCGAUUUCUCCUACCUUCUCACCCGAGUUGAAGAGAAAUGUGGCUCUCCCGAAAAGCCAUUGUCAGAUAUGGGGCUUGUUUCGUAUCGGAAUUAUUGGCGAUUAGUACUUUGCAAGUACCUCAUUGAGCACGUCCCUGAAGACAAGACACAGAAGAGAGGCAUCAGCAUUAGACAAAUGUCUGAUGAUACGGGCAUGACACCAGAUGAUGUGGUCUCCGCACUUGAGGCACUCCGUUUCCUCGUGAGAGAUCCUAUUACUCAUGCCUAUGCUUUUCGUGUGGAUUUGCCUUACUGCCACAAGGAGGCUAGGAAAUGGGAAGCGAAGAACUACGUCAGACUCCACCCCCGAUCAUUAACCUGGACACCCUAUAUAAUGGGCCGAGGGCAUGCAACCAAUUUCGAGCUUGGACCGGCGCUUAAUACCAUUGCACCCCGUGACGAAGACGAGGAAACAAAACCCACAGAGGUCAUCGCCAGCAGCGUCGUCGCCAUAGAUGAGUUUGCAGUAGCUGACACUAUAGCUCACAAAGGACCACCAAGUGGAGCAUCUGAUGUGCUCGAAUCCACAGAGCCCAGCGAUAUCAUGACUACAGAGGCCCAAAUACGGAUAAAGAGUGACGGUGUUAAUAAUGAGAAUGUCGAUUCUCGCCACCUCUCCGAGCAAGAUGAUAUCCAAACUUUCGCGCACAGUGUCGUUGAUGAGGAACACAGUUGGCAGCAACAGUACGAUAAUAUUCCAGUCACUCGAUUCCAAGUCUUCCCGCCAAUCAACAAACGCCCAGGCAUGUCUCGCGCUGGGUCUGGCAUCACACGACCUAUAGCAUUACCGCGCACUUCUACAAUUCGGACACCAGCGCAGCCACGGCCUCGACCUCGUGCACGGCGAUCCACGGGUGGUAGUGUGCGGAGGUCAGGGCAGAAAAGGUCUAGUACGACCAAGCGUAAAUCUGGAGGCACCGGGAGAGGCCCAGGACGAUGGCCCAAAGGAACGAAGAAAAGUGAUUAUGGCAAUGCGGAUAGUGGCCCAGGUCUGCCGCCUUCCUGGCUUGAAAAGCAGAAGCCUACGCUGUCGUCUGUGGCCGUUACAGAUCUAGAUGAAGAGAACGAGAUGCACGACACAGUUCAGGUGCAUAUCAACGAGACAGCGGUGCAGAAAGGCAAGCAAGUUGAGACUAUUUCAGCCAGAUUCGAAGUCAGAGGCAGUGAAGCACAUGAUGACAGCGCCAUUCAGUCAAGCUUCUCUAGUGCAGAAGAUGACAAGGUCAAUGGGGAUCACGAGGACUCAGCAGAUGGUGAAGACAUCAUAAUAGACCAAGCCGAAGAGUACGAGGAUCUAGAUGCCCCAGGUGAGGAAGAGUAAGUGCUUCAUGUUAUGCCUUGAUUUAUAGACCAUGUACAGUACUGGCGAAGACAGCACGAGGCGUAUUGGGGCUUAGAAGGCGGUGGUCAUGGAACUUCUGGUCUGCUCUCGGGAGCCUUGGCGUUAGGGGGCCGCUGGUGACUGCCUGUGAUACCUAGAGCAAAUCCGACUGCACAUUGCUUUCGGAACAACGCUUGUACUGAUAGCUGAUUUAAUAUUGAUUUUCAAGAUACUUCCAAUAUGCGCUAGUCCGUACGUAGAGUCUGUGUCAAGUCUGCACCAUUGGAAACGUCAUCUACUCGGCGAACGGUGAAUUGAGGGCAUACAGUUGUCUAUCCCUGGCUUGCCACAGUUGGAGCCUUGGGUGCUCUGACAGAAGCUCCUACCUAGGUAGGCUCUGUUUCAGCCUUGCAUAGCACUAAAACCAGACAGACGCCGUCAACCCUUAGGUACCUACACCCUACCUACCUAGGUAAGGUACCU